AGUGGUGCUGAGCAGGUCGGGGGCAGGGGUCGGGAUGUGAACGGCCUAGAUGGAAACCAGACGAGUGCAACAGGAGACGAAUGUGUUGCUGGGCCCCUGCUUUCCUGGCUGAUGGGAAAUCUGGAGCGUUUUUCUGCAUUCUGCCUUGUCCUUCCAGGCUCCCUUCUUGCCUCCUUGGCUGGUCACUAUUCCCAGUUAAGCAAAUCUUAUUUGGACCUCUUAACCGGCUGGGGAAGCCACUUGCUCUAUGACCCCUUGCAGGGACGGUGGGUUAAAAGUUGUCAUGACAAAGCUGAAGUGUCCUGGGAGGAGCUGAAGGAGCGCUUCAACUGCCUCUGUCGGGGAUCUGCACCUCUCAGGGGACAGACCCAAGCUGCUCUGAAACUCCUGAAGGCACGGGAUGGAAACUUCAAAGUCUGUGGUCUAAGUGUGUGGACUGACUUACUGAUGGAAGUAGAGGAGUAUCUGAGGAAAGCAGCAGAGCACUAA